GGUACCCAUUUCUUCACCCCUGACUGCUGCAGUGUUACCAAGUUGCUGCAUGACAAGGGUCAGCUUAUGGUUCCUCUACAACAAUAAUCCAUAAACUUUGUCUCGGAUUUUCUCCACAGGAAACCUCGGAUAAACUCCCAGCUGGUCGCCCAGCAGGCAGCUCAGCAGUACACCAUGCCUCCCCCACCCAAGAAGGACCGGAGAGAGAGAAGUGAGCGCACGGACAAGGAGCGUCCACACAGUGAAGGAGAGCGGGCCGGUGGGGAGGGACGCCCCGAGGGAGAGCGCCCUGAGAGCGUUGCACCAGAGGGGGACAUCACCGAGAAGGACAAGAGCGAGAUAGAGCAGCCUGUCAAAGACAAACCUGACAGGGAGAAGGACAUCACACCAGCUGUCACAAAGAAGCCCAGCAGCAAAAAGACCAAGUCAGUGUCAGAACCCAAAUUGGACAACAAUCAGAGUCCUCCAAGUGACAAACAGAGCAUACAGUCUGGGAAAUCAGCAACAAAGUCCAACAAGAACUCUCACAUUUCCAGGCCCAAGCUGAAGAACAUUGAUCGGAGCACCGCCCAGCAGCUGGCCAUCACCGUAGGCAACGUGACAGUGAUCAUAACGGACUUUAAGGAGAAGACCCGCUCCUCAUCCACAUCUUCAUCCACCAUCACGUCCAGCGCGGGCUCUGAACAGCAGCAUCAGAGCUCUGGCUCCGAAAGCAUGGACAAGGGCUCGUCGCGUGCCUCCACCCCCAAAGGGGACCUGUCUGUGGGGCACGACGAGUCAUUCUGAGCGCCUGCUUCUCUUAUUUUUUUGUGUAUUCCCAUUGCCUCCCAGUGCUUCACUCCCACUCUCCUCCUUGCCCAUACGUCUGGACACUAUGGAUCCCAUUGGAGGUGGGGGGGGAGGGUGAUGAGGGAGUUGUCACCAUGUCCUGUUGUUGCCCUGCCCUCCAUUCCAUGAUUUCCCCCUGGAUGCUGAGCGGAGCCAGCUGGAUGAGAAAUGGUGUGUGGCGCCUUUUAAGGGGAAACAAACUUACUCGUGUCGUCCUGGUUGCAGGGAUUAACCCCCGUCCCGUCCUCCUGGUAGCAUCCAAAUAUUUGUCUGUAUUGUUUUAUAUUUGUACGUGGGUGUGAGGCCAAGUCUUUUUUUUUAUCCCCCCCCUUCCAUUUGUUCUGUUUUUGUAAAGAAGAAAUCUCCGCUGGGCACAGUAACCACCACCAUUUAAAUAACUAUUAUUCCCCUUAUUUAUUACCUGUUGCACCUGUAUGCUUUGAUAUUUUCAGAUUUUUACGUUCAAGCUUUUGCCGCAUAGCUCUGCUGGUUGAUCAGUGUUUUCACUACAUUAAAAAUGUUAGGAUUACACACACACAGGUGCUAAAUACACUGUGAAGUGAUUCUACAGAUCUGGGAGUGGCCAUUUUUUCCUCAAUGUGAGAAAGUGUUUAUGAAUCAAACUGUCCUCCACAUUUCUCAACAGCACUGUGGAAACCUCGGCAAUUUUUUUAAAUUCUCUAACCGGCUUGACUCCCAUUUAGUAUGCUCUCGCAGAUUGUACAAUACCUUCUGUCCUCUCACUGUACAGUGUAGGCUGUUGUGUAAAACACUAAAAGCUGUUGAUAUUUUCUACAUUCCAUGCUUUACACGUUGAGUUAUAGACUGAAGGUCAGAGUUUGGAGUGGCCACGCUUCCUGGUUUCUUUGACUGAAGGAUGCAGUUCUUGGUGAAACCAAGUCACACUGUAAAAGCCAGACCUUAUGGUGUCAAAAAUGGAUAAUUUUAAUUAUUUUUGUUGUUGUGGUCCUGAAGACAAUGUUUGGAUCUUCAUCUUCACAUGGAAAGUGCAUGCUACAAAAGUGGAAAAAAAAAAUUCAAAUUUGACAAUUCAAUUGACUUGUUUUUUUAUGUGUAUUCAUUUAAGAUUCCUGUCACUGAAGGCAAAAAACAUGACAGUACUUAUUGGAAUGCGAAUAAAAUUUUAUAGCAACGAGGCUUAAUAUAAGGAUUUUAAAGAACUUUACACCUUAGCUGAGAAUAGACCAACAUAAUUUCCUUUAACCUGUAAGAAAUUGUAUAAAGAAUAAAUGUGUAUAUGAUAUCUUAGUUUUAUUUAUUGAAGGACCAAAGGAAUUUCAUAAUGACAUGAUACAUACAGAUGAAUAACAAUUUGAAAUGCAAUUAUCUAAUGUGUGAGAUGAAUAACAGUUUAAAUAAAGACUAAUAUAAUCCAUGUAAAUGGUCUUCUUAUUGUACACUCAGUGUCUCUGUGUGUGGCUAACCCGGUGUGGGGGAAGGGGGAGGAACGGGCUGCUGUACUGCAGACUUUUGCCUUAGUGGAAUAAGAAAAACCAAAAGCUUCAUUCUUCUAGACUAAAAGCUGAGUUAUAGUCGUGCUUUUGAAAGUUUAUGUUGAGCUCGCAUGAGACUGCGUUUAUAGUUGACGCGUGUUGUAAGCCGUAUUCUCCUAAAAUGAGCCUUCAUGGAGGAAUCGCAUAAAUGCCAGUGUGGUGGGACCGGAACUGUCCAAAACCUCUAGUUCGUGUGAACGGUGGCGCACAACCGCGACACGUGCAAGGCCAAUGCAUUGGCCAAGUAAGUCCUCGCGCCCAGGUUAACUCGUUAGGUAUGAAGCUAGCUUCACGCAGUGCAGCAACGCGUAGCUCCCCCCUUCAGGUCACCAAUAGAGCAAUAGAAACUCCCAGGAAACAUAGAGGGAAGGAUGAAAUCUGCUCUGCAGAUUCUCACAAAAGAACGAUAAUCUUGUUCCAACAAGUCCAGGAGUUAACUUUUCUUUUUCUUUUUUCUUUUUAACCACCCUUGCAUUUAGCUACAGCUACAGUUUUGUGCUUUAUCGCAUACAGAAUCAGUGUUGAGCAGAAACAGAACUGUAAAAAUCAGGCUGAGAAGGAAGGAGAAUUAAACACAAUCUGAACCGAUGAGGUCUGGAAAAGCUCCUUUCUCUCACCUGCCUCGGCUGUAACCACAUUCACAAGGAUGGAGUACUCACGGCAUUUAUUGUUAAAUUAACAGAUGGCCAUUUUGCUGGGUAUAUGAAUUAUUGCUUGUAAAUAGAAUUUUAAAAAGGUGCAAAGGCAAACACUAUGAGUAACUAAGCUGAGGUCCUUUUUUUUCUGUUUUUAGUUUUCCAGGUUUUUUCCCCUCCCGCGCAAGCAGUUCUGUUCUUGUGUGCAACCAGUAACCUUAAUUUACUGUGUAAAGAUGGUUACAUAUUUUAGCUUUGUUUGUUCAGAGACCCAAAUAUAGAAUGCUUGUUUUAUUUACUGUAUAACCUUAAACGUGAACUUCCAAUUAAGUGUAUUAUACAAAACUAAUUUUUCUUCCUGUAACAAUGUCUUGUACAAUGCUUUUAAAGUUAUUGCUUGGUUUAAGAAAAAAGAGAAACUUUUAGAAACAGUACAAGUAUCCAUUCUUUGUUUAGUCCAGUUUUUUGUUGCUUCCUUCUUUUUUGUUUGACUUCCAGCUGAUGUGUCAUUGUUUCCUUCUUGUGAAAUCGUCACCUUAUGUUUCUGGUGUGGAAAUGUAUGCAGCAUUUUCAGCAGAUCACGGCUCCUUGUCUAGCUAAUGAUGUUAACUAAUACAUGUUUCUGGCAUGUGCACGACUUUGCGCUUCUAGGCUAACCUGAUAAUUUUUCCUCCGUUUCAGAUAGAAAUGUCUAUUUAUGAAUUUUGCUUGUAGUUUUUCACAAAUAAAACUGUCAAAGUAA